AUGCCUGAUCUAGGUGCACUCGUCGAUUCGUCGAUGAACAAGCUAGCCUCUAUUGAGGACCGUAUCAAUAGCUCGACUUUCGGUCGCGUCUUUCGCCUAGAUGGCUCUGGUCAUCCCAAAACCGUCCGCGGUUCCUCUUUCUUCCGGGAGAUUCGCGCCGGCUUGACCACUUUUGCCACUAUGGCGUACAUUGUUGCAGUCAAUGCCGCUGUUCUCGCGGACUCUGGAGGUACAUGCGAAUGUCCCCCCGGAUCAGAGCCGGGUUGCCCCGGUGAUCCUAAUUACGCCAACUGUCAAGCAGUUCUGAAGCGCGAUUUGAUCACGGCCACUGCCGCUAUUGCUGGCCUUGCCAGUAUCCUCUUCGGCUUCCUUACAAACCUGCCUGUUGCUCUCGGACCAGGCAUGGGCCUUAAUGCCUACUUCACGUACCAGGUUGUCGGCUGGCAUGGUACUGGCAAGGUCCCUUAUCGGAUCGCCCUCACUGCAAUCUUCGUGGAGGGUUUCAUCUUCAUAUUCCUGGCUCUGACUGGAAUGCGACAGUGGCUAGUCCGCAUGAUACCGGCUACUAUUAAGACCGCGUGUGGUGUUGGAAUUGGCCUGUUCCUUACAGAGAUCGGAUUGUCCUAUUCAGCAGGUAUUGGCGCCAUCACAGGAGGUUUCUCUACCCCCCUUGCAAUUGGUGGAUGUCCCGCCGAGUAUCUUGACGCCAAGGGCGAAUGUGCUAGCCACAUCAUGGAGAAUCCCGGUAUGUGGAUCGGCAUUUUCAUUGGCGGCAUCUUCGUUGCGUUCUUGAUGGCUUUCAAAGUCAAGAGUGCCAUCGUCAUCGGUAUUGGAAUCGUGUCAAUUAUGUCUUGGCCCCGUAAUACCCCAUUUACCUACUUCCCUUACACGGAAGCUGGUGAAGAGCGAUUCCAAUUCUUCAAGCAAGUUAUCGCAUUCCAUCCUAUCGAGUCUGUCUUGAAUGUCAACGAGUGGAACCUCUCCGGCGCCAAUGGUGCUCAGUUCGCCCUAGCACUCAUUACUUUUCUCUACGUUGACAUCAUUGACUGUACUGCAACACUAUAUUCGAUGGCCAAGUUCUGUGGAGUGGUCAGAGAUGAUGGCGAUUUUCCUCGUUCAACCAUCGCUUACUGCACUGAUGCCUUCAUGAUCUCGAUCGGCUCUCUCUUUGGUUGUUCACCCACUACCGCCUUCAUCGAGAGUGGUGCAGGAAUCGCAGAAGGAGGUCGAACUGGACUGACCGCUAUUUCCGCCGGCGUUUGCUUCCUAAUCUGUCUCUUCUUUGCCCCUAUCCUGGCCUCUGUUCCGCCUUGGGCCACAGGAUCGACCUUGAUUCUGGUCGGCUGCUUGAUGAUCCGUCAAGUCAUCAACAUCAAUUGGCAGUAUAUCGGUGACGCCGUCCCGUCCUUUGUUACGCUGGCCUUUAUGCCUUUCAGCUACAGCGUCGCCUACGGCCUUAUCGCAGGAAUGAUGGUCUAUGUCGUCCUCAACACUAUGAUCUGGGUUGUCGUGAGACUUACCAAUGGCCGAGUCACCCCGUCGAACUGGCACGAGAAAGAGGUUUAUGAUUGGGGAAUGGCAUCGAGAGAUCUCCCCGGAUGGAUGAGGUGCAUCCAGCGACGGAUUUUGCCCUCCCGCUUCCACAUGGACGACACAAAGGACGAUGUGGAACUGGUUGACAAUGAUAGCGCCAUGAACGCCGCCACUAACUCCAUUUCGCGAAGCAAUUCGGCCGAAGACAAGGACGUACACGUUGUGGAGAGUCAAAGCCACCCCAACGCCCACGUCAGCCACAUCAGCCACGUGUACCCCCAGGCUCACAUUCAACCUCAGGUUCAGCCUCAACCCUACCCUCAACCCCAGGCUCCUAUCCAGGCUCACCACCACCCCCAGGGUCAGGCUCAGACUCAAGUUCAGGGACAGCCUCGACCUCGCGAUCACGACCUGCCCUCUCUUGAUUGA